AUGGGAGCAAGUAGCCAGUGCUGCAGCCGACUCCGCCAGGUUCAGAGCAUCCUGACCCAGAGCAGCAAGUCUCGACCCGAUGGGAUCCUCUGCAUUCUAGGAAUUGAUAGCAGGUACAAUGAAGGCUGCAGAGAGCUGGCAAAUUAUCUUCUGUUUGGUUUGUACAAUCAGAAUACCAGUGAUUUUGAGAAAACAGAGUUUUCUGAAGAAGUUCUAGAUGAUGUAAUUAUAUUAAUUAAAUCAGACAGUGUCCAUCUGUACUGUAAUCCUGUAAACUAUCGCUAUUUCUUACCCUGUGUGGCACAUUGGAGAAAUCUGCAUCUGCACUGCAUGACUGAAAAUGAGUAUGAAGAUGAGGAAGCUGCAGAAGAAUUUAAAAUUGCCAGCUUUGUGGACAUGGUUCGAGACUGCAGUAGAAUUGGCAUUCCUUAUAGCUCCCAAGGUCACUUGCAGAUAUUCGAUAUGUUUGUAGUAGAGAAAUGGCCAAUUGUACAGGCCUUUGCACUUGAGGGCAUUGGAGGGGAUGGAUUUUUUACCAUGAAAUAUGAGUUGCAGGAUGUGAGUUUGAAUCUAUGGAAUGUCUACAGCAAAAUGGAUCCUAUGUCUCUGGAGAGUUUGCUUUCAGAAGAUUUGAUGGCUUUUGAACAUCAGUGGACUAACUUCUUUGCUAAUUUUGACACAGAAAUUCCUUUCCUGCUGGAGCUUUCUGAAUCUCAGGCGGGUGAGCCAUUCAGAAGUUAUUUCAGUCAUGGAAUGAUCUCUAGCCAUAUCACUGAAAACAGCCCUAAUAGACAACCAUUUGUUCUCUUUGGUAAUCACUCCACACGAGAAAACCUGAACACUGGCAGCUUUAACUUCCCCUCUGAAGGGCACCUGGUACGCAACACUGGUCCCAGUGGGAGCUUUGCCAAACACAUGGUGGUACAGUGCGUCUCACCAAAGGGACCCCUUGCUUGUUCAAGAACAUACUUUUUUGGAGCUACUCAUGUUCCUUACUUGGGUGAUGACAACAAGCUGCCCAAGAAAACUGAACAAAUUAGGCUCUUGUCACAGGUAUAUGCUGCUGUUAUUGAGGCUGUUUUGGCUGGCAUUGCAUGUUAUGCUAAAACUUCCAGUCUAACAAAGGCCAAGGAAGUAGCUGAGCAGACCAUGGGAUCUGAGUUAGAUUCCUUUGAGUUGAUGCAGUUUAAGGCAGCCCUACGCUCCAAGAUGGCUUUUCAUAUACAUGCUGUGAAUAAUCAGGGAAGAAUCGUGCCUCUGGACAGUGAAGAUAGCUUAUACUUUGUGAAGACGGCUUGUAUGACUGUCUAUGACAUUCCUGACUUGCUGGGAGGAAGGGGGAGCUUAGGAUCUGUGGUCUUCUCAGAAUCAUUUUUGACAUCUCAGAUCUUGGUUAAAGAAAAGGAUGGCACUGUUAACACAGAAACCAGCUCCAUAGUCCUGACAGCCGCCAUACCCAGAUUCUGCUCCUGGCAGGUAGAAGAUAAUGAAGUAAAAUUGUCUGAGAAAACCCAGCAAGCAGUGAAAGGAGAUGAGUGCUUCCUGGGAACUUUUCUAACAGGAGGAGAAGGAGCAUAUCUUUAUUCCAGCAAUGCACAGUCUUGGCCUGAGGAAGGGAAAUUGUAUUUCUUCUCUAGCGGCCUUCUGUUUUCUCACCGUCAUCAUGGAAGCAUCAUCAUUUCCAAGGAUCACAUGAAUUCCAUUUCAUUCUAUGAUGGGGAUUCCACCAGUGUUGUUGCUGUCCUUCUGGUAUACUUCAGAAGCUCAUUACUUCCUCAUCUCCCAGUUCAUUUCCAUGGUUCAAGCAAUUUUAUGAUGAUUGCCCUUUUCCCCAAAUCAAAGAUCUACCAAGCAUUUUACCCAGAGGUCUUCUCCCUCUGGCAACAGCAGGCUAACUCAGGGCUGUCUUUAAAAGUGAUCCAGGAAGAUGGAUUAUCUGUGGAACAAAAGAAAUUACACUCCAGUGCACAGAAGCUCUUCGAUGUCCUGAGCCAUGCUGCCAGGGAGAAACGAAGUCCUCUAAAGCUGCUCUCCGCCAAACUCCCAGAGCUGGACUGGUUUCUCCAGCAUUUCGCUAUCAGCAGCGUUAGUCAGGAGCCUGUGAUGAGGGCCCAUCUCCCUGUCCUGCUGCAGCAAACUGAAAUCAGCCCUACUCACCGAGUAGAAAAUGACAAGGUCGUCAUCAGCAUUGUAACUGGCCUCCCGGGGUGCCAUGCUAGCGAGCUCUGUGCUUUUCUGGUCACUCUGCAUAAGGAAUAUGGCAGGUGGAUGGUGUACCGCCAAGUCAUGGACAGCUCUGAGUGUUUUCAUGCUGCCCACUUCCAGAAGUACCUUUCCAGUGCCCUGGAGGCCCAGCGGCCCCGCUCUGCCCGCCAGUCAGCCUACAUCCGCAAGAAGACCAGAUUGUUGGUGGUGUUACAAGGCUACACAGAUGUUAUUGAUGUUGUCCAGGCCCUGCAGACCCAUCCAGACUCAAAUGUCAAGUCUUCCUUCACCAUUGGCGCCAUCACAGUGUGUGUGGAGCCCCUGAGCUGCUACAUGGAGCACAGAUUUCUCUUUCCAAAAUGUCUUGACCAGUGUUCACAAGGCCUGGUGAGUAAUGUGGUGUUCACCAGCCAUACCACAGAGCAGGGGCGCCCUCUCCUCGUUCAGCUGCAGAGCCUCAUCAGGGCUGCCAAUCCUACCACAGCCUUCAUUCUCGCAGAAAAUGGGAUUGUCACCAGGAAUGAAGACAUUGAGCUGAUUCUGUCAGAACACAGUUUUUCAAGUCCUCAGAUGCUACGAUCUCGAUAUUUAAUGUACCCUGGCUGGUAUGAAGGUAAAUUUGAUGCUGGAUCAGUCUUUCCAUUAAUGGUUCAGAUCUGCGUAUGGUUUGGUCGUCCCUUGGAGAGGACUCGCUUUAUAGCCAAAUGUAAAGCAAUUCAGUCUUCCAUCAAGCCAAGUCCUUUCUCUGGAAACAUCUACCACAUCCUGGGCAAAGUGAAGUUUUCAGACUCUGAGAAGACCAUGGAGGUCUGCCACAACACUUUGGCCAAUUCCUUGAGCAUCGUGCCUGUAUUGGAGGGACCCACGCCACCACCCAACUCCCGAGGCACACCUCAAGACAGCAGCGGGCAACAGGAGUGUUACCUCGUGUUCAUCGGCUGCUCCCUGAAGGAAGAAAGCGUCAAGGACUGGCUACGGCAGUCUGCUAAGCAGAAGCCUCAGAGGAAAGCCCUGAAGACCAGGGGAAUGCUGACCCAGCAGGAGAUCAGGAACAUCCAUGUUAAACGCCACCUGGACCCCCUACCUGCAGGCUACUUUUAUAAUGGCACCCAGUUUGUCAAUUUCUUUGGAGACAAGACUGAUUUUCACCCACUCAUGGACCAGUUCAUGAAUGACUAUCGCUGA